UAAGAGGGAGGGUUCGAACCUGCAACCUCUUCGACGGCAACUUCACCCCCAACCACUGGAGCACGAGUCUCUCUUGAUCUGAUGUUCAACAAAUUAAACAAAACCAACUGCUCGACCUAAGCCUCAUUUCUCAGUUUCUUAUUUUCUCUCCCGGUUUCGACAUAUCAGCGCCUCCCUCCCCAAAAUCAUCGAUUCCCAGUUUCCGUCCUCAUGCAGAAGCUUAUAGCUGAAAUCCCCAGCCUUAUUUCUCUAAAAUUUCAACAGAUUCACCCAAAAAUCUAAAAACCCCAAACCAUCCAAACCCUAAUUCUGGAAAAUUGUUGUUUCCUUCACCGAAUGCAAGAACUGAAGAAGGUCGUGUUUCUUUGGUUGAAAUGUCUGAUUCCGGGUACUCUAGCAAAGUAAAAGAUAACGAUUUAGUUGUCAAUCCUUCAGGUACAUCCAGCUUUAGUCUAACAUUGCUAACAGGGCUUGUAUUUGCGAGUCGUUUGAGGACUGGCAAUUCUAAAGGCAGGGAUGUUAAUGAACUGGACCUUAUUGCUUACGAAGUAAAAAUAAAUCAAGGAGUCCUAGUGUGAUCAGUUGGAGCAUACGUUUAGGAGCAUACAUUUAGGAGAUGACAUCUUCUUCUAGUGGCUUGAGUACCCCCUCAAUAUGCAGUAACCUUAAUCACACCUCUACUUCACCUACAGUUCAGCCUUGGAUCCACAUUCCACAUAUAUACUGGUGGUUAAACUGAGUAUUACCAGCAAUGUUCGGCCCUAGAAACUUCUAGCCAGUGCACAAAUUGUGGUUUUUGAAAAUACUUGGAGACUCCACUAAAAGGUGCUUCUCUGACCUAUUUCUAUGUCUUCACACUCAAAUUUCAUUCUAGCUGUGCCUGUAUCCUAUGAACCUUAAAUGGCUUUGAACCUGAUUCGGAUUGCUUCCCAUGAAGCUGAAAACCCCGUGGGCUGCUCUCUGAAGGAGGCCUUUGAGCUCCUUGAACCAAAACUUAGACCCCCAUUGGCAAUAACAAUCCCAACCCCACAGGAAUACUUGCUGCUCAACAAGGCUAUUUUGUAUGGGGUUCUAUGCGAAACCCAUUUUGCCAAAACACAUAUUAAGCAUUUACAUGCCAUUGUCAUCGAUGGGUAUGGCUUGUUUGCUAGUUUGAUUGCUACGGUUGUGAAUGAAUUGUACACGAAACUUGUUGACCCAGUGAAAUGCCAGUUGAUUUGGGUUACUAAGGAGAUGAUUGAUGUUCAGGCUGUAGGCAUCCAUGGUUUGUUGGUUUGUUUUCUGAGGCAAAUUGUUGGUGGGGAUUUUAGUGAUGGAAAUUUGUGGUUGUGUUUUGAGAUCGUGAGCAUUUUUUUGACCAAAUGGGAUUCUCUCUUGGAAGUAGAACCAAUGAUUUUGACCAGUGGAUUGUAUACAUAUCUUCCGCUACUAGCUGAUCACUAUAGAUUGCUAAGUAAUCCAAAGUUGGAAGCGUUAAAGCAAUUGGAAAUUGAUUUCUGCAUUAAAGUGUUAAGGGAGCAGUUUUCUGUCUGUUUAAAGAUUGGGAGGGAUCUUGUUCGGCUCCUACAAGAUGUGGUUCAUAUACCAAACUUUAGAGCUACGUGGAAAGAUCUGGUAUUGAAUCAAGACAAGUUUAAGACUCCUGGUUUUUCUGUUAUUUCACAGCUCUAUAACACAAGGACUUCAAGUCAGUAUAUUUUACUUCGGAUUUCACCAGAAAUGGAGACACAGUUGCGAUUUUUACUUACUUGCGUGAAGUUAGGGAGUCAAAAGCGUUACCAAGCAUGGUUUGCUAAGAAGUUUCUAUGUGCACCAAACAGAGAGACUUUGAUAGUUGACAUUGUCCGUUUUAUAUGUUGUGCACACCACCCACCAAAUGAAAUCAUACAAUCAGAUAUCAUUCCAAGAUGGGCUGUUGUAGGUUGGCUAUUGAAAUAUUGCACAAAGAAUUAUGUCCAAGCCAAUGUGAAACUAGCUCUACUUUAUGAUUGGCUAUUCUUUGAUGAAAGAGUAGAUAAUAUAAUGAAUAUUGAGCCUGCAAUGCUACUGAUGGUGUACUCUAUACCCAGAUACAUUGAUGUGACUCACACACUUCUUGAGUUUUUGUUCCUUCUUGUGGACAAUUACGAUGUGGAACAUAAAGAUAUAAUUAUUAGAGGUGUGUCUUCAUCUCUUCGUGUACUUGUCAAGAAAGGAGUGAUUUGCUCCCUUGAUGUGUUGACAUCUUGUGAUGCACUUUCUCCUGUCUUGAAAGAGAGGCUUGAUAGGUUUUUGUCAGGUGCGGAAUUGGAAAUUUCUAGAGGCUAGAACAAACUAGAUAUCCCAGCCCCUUUGCUUUGGAGAAUUCCUCUUGUAUGGGAACUCCGACUCCAUCACCAGAACGUGAACAAGAUAGAUUUGCUAUAAAAUCAGCCGAUACUUCUGUUAUGAUAUCAGAUUUGCAAUAGGCUCAUUUUCCAGGUCACUCUGUGGCAACUCCUACACCAUCACCAGAACAGUAGUCUAAAUGUAGCCAAAUCAGCUGAUACUUCUGUUGGGAUAAUAGGUGAUGCAACUUCUUGUAGUCCAUUCACAUGGGAGCGACACUGAUAUUUCUCACUUGUCCAUGAGCAUUUUGUGCAAGAAAGCAAUGUGAUAUUAUGAUGGAACUUGUAAGGUUGUAAAACACUUCUAAUAUUUUAUUAUAAUGGAACCUCACUUUUUUAGAUUUGAGGUAUUCAUAA